AUGUCUUCCCCCGCUAAGCCGUUGAAGCGGUCUCGCGCUGAGGAGGAUGAGCACGAUGCUCUUGUUGCCGCCGCUGUCGCAGAAAAUCUUGCGGUAGAUGCAGCAUCAGAGCCGAAAUCAAAGAAGGCUCGUGUAGAAGCCAAUCGCUCCCUUUUUGUCCGCUCUCUUCCAGCGAACGCCACCAGCGAAACCUUGACCGACUUCUUCUCCGAGCACUUCCCUGUCAAGCACGCAACUGUUGUUCUUGACCCAAGCACCAAGACUUCUCGAGGCUACGGCUUUGUUACCUUGACGGAUGCCGACGAUGCCACAGAAGCCAAGUCUAAACUCAACAACGUGCUAUGGGAGGGUCGCCGUAUCAGAAUCGACAUUGCCGAAGCCAGAAAUCGCGACCGCAAGGAGAGUGCCGUUGGAGCGGCCGCUUCCAGCGAAAAGCAGAAGCGUGCGCAAGCACUCGAGGAGGCCAGAAAACCCCCGAAGUUGAUUGUGCGCAAUUUGCCUUGGACAAUCAAGACAUCUGACCAGCUGUCCGCUCUUUUCCGGGCCUACGGUAUUGUCAAAUUUGCCGACCUUCCACAAAACAAAGGCAAGCUCAAGGGAUUCGGUUUUGUUACUCUGAGGGGACGCAAGAAUGCCGAAACUGCUCUUAAGUCGCUCAAUGGCAAGGUAAUCGAUGGAAGACCCAUCGCAGUCGACUGGGCUGUUGAUAAGAGUGAAUGGGAGAAGCAAAAUCAGGAUGAAGGAGCUGCUGAAGAGGAAAAGCCCAAGAACAAGAAGAAGGAGACCCCAGCGAAGAAGGAGAAGCCCACCCAGAACUCCAACAAUGACGAAGACCCUGAAGAUGCCGACGCCGACCUGGAAAACUUUUUCAAGAACCACAUGGAUAACCUUGAAGACGAGGAGGAGAGUGACGACAACCAAGAUAAGGACGAAGAUGAUGAGGAUGACGAUCUUUCCGACGAGGAGGAGGACCUCACCGAUUCAGAGGAAGAUAAGAAGUCCUCUCCCAAGAAGCAGACAUCAUCCGAUAACAAAACUACGAUUUUCAUUAGGAAUCUUCCAUUCACCGUUACUGACGAGCAACUGAAGUCACAUUUCGUCCAGUUUGGCCCUGUCAGGUACGCCCGCGUCGUCAUGGACCGUGCGACUGAUAGACCAGCCGGCACUGGAUUCGUUUGCUUCGUCAAGGAGGAAGACGCGAGAGCUUGCAUCAAGGGCGCGCCGCGCACGCAAGCUAGUGGUCUGCCCACCAAGCACUCCGUGUUGCAGGACGAGACCGCAGAUCAGGAUGGUCGCUACACCCUCGACAACAGACUCCUGCAGGUUGCUCAGGCCGUAAGCAAAGACGACGCCGAGCGCCUGGCCGCUGACGGUAGCGCCAAGAGACGCGAGAAGGACAAGCGUCGUCUCUUCCUGCUGAACGAGGGCCAGAUCGACACAAGGUCUUCACUGUACCAGAAACUUACGCCCUCGGAAAUCAAGAUGAGAGAGCAGAGUGCCAAUCAGCGCAAGAAGCUCGUCCAAAGCAACCCUACGUUGCACAUCAGUCUGACCCGUCUGGCUGUGCGCAACAUUCCGCGCAAUAUAGGCUCCAAGGAGCUCAAGGAGCUGGCCCGCAAGGCCUGUGUCGAGUUCGCUACAGAUGUCAAGGAAGGCAAGCGCCAGCCUUUGUCCAAGGAGGAGAAGGUCAGAAGCGCAAAGGAAGCUAAAGAGGGCGAGCACGAGCGCAAGGUCAAGCGCAAGGGUAUCGUUCGUCAAGCCAAGAUUGAGUUCGAGAGUCGUGAAGGUUCCAAGGUUUCCGAGGCCGCCGGCGGUAGAAGUCGUGGAUAUGGCUUCAUCGAAUACUCAUCACACCGCUGGGCGCUCAUGGGCCUGCGCGUUCUUAACGGUUACCAGCUGGAGAACGAAAAUGGCAUGAAGCAUCGCCUCAUCGUCGAAUUCGCCAUCGAGAACGCAUCUGUUGUUGCCAGACGUAAGGCAGCCGAGAAGAACCUGGACCGCAACAAGAAGACCCAAGACAGCAAAACGGAGAAGGAGAAGAACGAAAAGUCUGAGGCCGAGGGCAAGGACAUGCCGAAGAUGGCCUCGUUGAAGAAGAAGGGGAAGCCGGGAAAGAAAGGCAAUAUGAACAAGGGUGUCAAGAAGGAGGAGAAGAAGGACGGAAAAGAAGAGGAAUCAUCCGGCCCUGUGAAGGGGGCGGGCGUCGAUCGUGAGGACGUCAAGCCAAUGUUGAUUGCGAGAAAGCGUUUGAUGCGGAAGAAGAAGGCUCACUCUAGGGGUGGCGCUUGA